UCCCGCACGCCAGGCAUGGAGUUGCCUGCUGUCCCGGGACUCCCGCAGCUGCUGCUGCUAAUGCUGAUGGCGCUCCAGCUCUCGGCCGGGGACUGCCCGUGCUCGGACGCCGCGCUCUGCCGACCGAUCCGCCAUCGCCCCGACUUCGAGGUCUUUAUAUUUGAUGUUGGACAGAAAACUUGGAAAUCUUAUGACUGGUCACAGAUUACAACUGUGGCAGUUUUUGGAAAAUAUGACCCAGAACUUAUGUGUUAUGCUCAUUCCAAAGGAGCCAGAGUAGUGCUAAAAGGUGAUGUCUCCCUGAAGGACAUCAUUGAUCCUACCUUCAGAGCAUCGUGGAUAGCUCAAAAAGUUAAUUUGGCCAAAAUACAAUAUAUGGAUGGAAUUAAUAUAGACAUAGAACAAGAAGUCAAUUGCUCAUCACCUGAAUAUGAAGCAUUGACGGCUUUGGUCAGAGAAACCACCGAAAGUUUCCAUCGUGAGAUCGAGGGAUCACAGGUAACCUUUGAUGUAGCUUGGUCACCAAAGAACAUAGACAAAAGGUGCUAUAAUUACAUGGGAAUUGCGGGUGCCUGUGAUUUUCUCUUCGUCAUGUCUUACGAUGAGCAAAGUCAGAUCUGGUCAGAAUGUAUUGCAGCAGCUAAUGCUCCCUAUAAUCAGACAUUAGCUGGAUAUAUUGACUACAUCAAGAUGGGCAUUAGCCCUAAGAAACUCAUAAUGGGUAUUCCCUGGUAUGGUUAUGAUUAUAUCUGCUUGAAUAUAUCAGAGGAUGACGUCUGCACCAUUGCAAAGGUCCCUUUUCGAGGGGCUCCUUGCAGCGAUGCUGCAGGACGUCAGGUACCCUACAAACUGAUCAUGAAGCAAGUAAAUAGUUCUGUUUCUGGUAGCCAGUGGGAUGAGGACCAGCAAGCUCCCUAUUAUAACUACAAGGAUCCCGCUGGCCGUUUUCAUCAAGUGUGGUAUGAUAACCCCCAGAGCAUUUCAUUAAAGGCAGUAUAUGUCAAAAACUAUGGCUUGCGGGGCAUUGGCAUGUGGAAUGCAAACUGUCUUGAUUACUCAGAAGACACUCUAGCCAGAGAGCAAACAAAAGCAAUGUGGGGAGCCUUAAAACCAUGGUUGUGAUGGAGAGAGAGGAGCAUCUUUUUGUCAGACUAUUAGAUUUUUGCAAGAAUGAGUUGUAUAAGUGAGUCUAAUUUCAUGCAAAGAUAAAAAUGUAUAUUUUUUCAUGUUGUCAUAACUUACCUAUUGGUAUACUCAAAAAACGGGUAAGAAAUAAAUUUUUAUUUGAACAUAAAAGAUA